AUGACAACAACACGCAACAGCACUUGGGAGCUGGGGAGGGAGUACCAGGUGGCGCUCAUGCUGCAGGGUAACUGGGGCUCCGUGUACGUGGACGGCGUGCUUGUGGGGGGUUCCUACACACUACCAACCCCUGAGGCACGGAAUUACGAUGUCUCACAGUUCUACUUUGGUGCCGGCGGAAACUCUAGUGUGACAGUAAAGAACGUCUUUUUGUACAACCGUCCACUGAAUGCCAUGGAACUCAAAAGGGUUGACCAGUCCGAUGCGCCUGGGAAACGUGAAGGUGACAGCUACGAUACCUCUGAGGAAGGUGCAGGUGACAGCUUUAAUGCGUCUGAGGAAGGUGCAGGUGACACCUUUAAUGCGUCUGAGGAAGGUGCGGGUGACAGUUCUAAAGCACCUGGGAAACGUGCAGGUGACGGCGCACGUGUAUCCAAGCAACGUGCAGGUGACAGCGCACGUGUAUCCAAGCAACGUGCAGGUGACAGCUCCACGCGUACGGAUGUGUCUCGGCUGCUGCUGCUAUUGGGGCUUUGGGGCUUUGUGCUGAGUGGACCUCGGUGGGCGGGGGAUUGUGCUUCUACUGAGAGUAUCUCCGUUUCUCCACGCACUUUUUAA